AUGGAUGGCGACAAAAAUAAUCCUGGUUCUUCACGCAAGCGCGGUGGUUCAGCGCUUUGUCUGGCCCCACGCAAAAAAGUGCGGGUGUUCUUUGUAUGGUCUUCCUCAAAUCCUCUGGUACUUCAUGGUCAGCAUUUUGGUUGCACUGUUUUUGCCUUUUGUAACUAUCCUCCUCUUCUGACUGCGGGUAUACUAUUCAAUGGCAGCAUUCGACGGGAACACAGGGUGUUCAUCGAGCUAAUAGACUCCUAUUCUAGUCUUUUAGAUCGUCUGACAAAUGGCGAAGAGGAAGACGUUAUUCAUGUGGGAGAAUUACUUGGUAAAGAAGCCUCUGGUGCACGAGGUGACGAUACCAAGACCCUCAAAUCUGCCAUCCUUGAAUGGCUUGUGCCCAGAGGACAGGCAGUCAUACCGCCCCUCUUCCAGAAUAUCAAGUCUGAUCAUGGGUUCAAUCAUGAAGUCACUGGUGCUUUGCUCUGUCCCGCAGGCCUUGACUGGUCAAAUGCAGAAACCAAGCAGAGUCUCAAGAGCGGUGAGACCGCAGUUCAUGGGGAUCAAUGGCCCAUGUUCUUAUAUGCUGGGUAUCAUUACGACCCCGAAGAUCCAUGGAAGGGUUUGCUGAAGAGUGAAAUACUCAUCUAUGGUGUUAAACAUGUGUUUACUUCUCCAAGUUCAGUAGAUAAGGAGCCGAAGGCUACGCGCUCCGGCAAUGCUUACCUUCAUGGCAUGAAGUCGGUAACAAAAGGAUCUGUAGCCUAUAUUGUCACACAGGUUCAGUUUUCAUUGUGUUCGUCAUCCGUAUUUUCAUGGACCGACAUGGUCACAGACUCCAAAAAUUUCUAUAUUAGUAUUCUUGACCUGCUGGAGGAUCCUGAUGAAAGUCAAGAAGUAGCUGAUCUGAUGACAUGGUGGACACAGUGCAUAAUGCAUCUCUUCAAACUCAAGAAGCUCUUUAAUGCAAACAGUGCACUGUCGAAAAUUCGUGCGAAAUGUGCUGCCUUGUGA